AUGGCGGAGAUGGAGGAGCAGCGUGAUGGCGAGCAAAGGAUCAUGGGCGAUUUGCUAGAUUGUGAAGAGCAGAUAAGUAAUAUAUUUUGGGCCGAUGCUCAAAUGAUCAUGGACUAUGCUAAGUUUGGUGAUGUAGUGACAUUUGACACUACUUACAAACUAAAUAACGAGCAUAGACCUUUUGGAUCAUUUGUUGGAUUUAAUCAUCAUCGAGAAACAGUUAUAUUCGGUGCAACGUUGAUGUAUGAUGAGACUGCUGAAUCUUUUACAUGGUUGUUUCAAAUUUUUCUGGAGGCAAUGUCAAACAAAGCUCCGAAAACUAUUUUCACAGAUCAAGAUACUACGAUGGUUAAGGCCAUUCCAAUUGUCAUGCCCGAUACAAAGCACCGUCUUUACUUUUGGCGUGAAGGAGAAAUGAGGAUGGCCAUAUAUUAUGAAUUAUUGGGCGCUGGAAUGAGUACUACUCAACUUAGUGAAUCCUUUAAUGUAUUUCUCAAGGAUUAUCUGAAUUGUGACCAUAACUUGAUGGAGUUCUUCAUGCAUUUUGAGAGGGUGCUUUAUGAGAAGAUGUAUAAGGAAUUGGAAGCCGAGUAUAAUUUGUCCCAAAAAUUGCUGAGGGUUUCAAUUCCAACUUUGAUGUUAAAGCAAGUGGCAGAGAUUUACACGAGAACAAUUUUUGAGGAAUUCCAAAAUGAGUACAUGUAA